AUGCCGGCGACGGCGGGGCGCGUUCGCAUGCCCGCGAACAACCGCGUGCACAGCAGUGCGGCGUUGCAGACGCACGGCAUCUGGCAGAGCGCCAUCGGAUACGACCCCUACGCGCCCGAGAACAACAAGCAACAACCGGGCCGCCCCUCCUCCUCCGUCUCCGCCAACGCCGCCGCCGCGGUCGCCAACGACGCCAACGCGGCCGCCAGCGCCGCAGCAGCUUCCGGAUCCGGCUCGGGCGAUGGCAACGCCUACACCAGCUUCCAGGGCCUCCUCGCGCUCGCCCGCAUCACCGGCUCCAACUCCGACGAGACACGCGGCGCCUGCAAGAAGUGCGGCCGCGUUGGCCACCUCACCUUCCAGUGCCGCAACUUCCUCUCCGUCAAGGACCUGGACCUGGACGACGCCGACGCCCAGGCGGCCGCGCAGGCCAAGUUCGACGAGAUAAAAAAGAAGGCUGCUGCCGGUGGGGAUGCAGAUGAGGCUUCUGAUGAUGUGGAAGAGGAGGACGAGGACAGCGAUUCCUCUGAUUCAGACAUCGACCCUGAGCUGGAGAAGAUAAUUGCUCAGCGCGAGCGCGCCAGGAAUGGGGGAAGGAGGCCCAGGCAGGAAGAGAAGUCGUCGAGCCACCGCCAUAGGAGCAGCAGCAGCAAGAGGAAAUCAAAGCACACGAGGAGUAGAAGGAGUGAUGAUAGUGAGGAUGAAGAUGGGGAAGGCAGAAGAGGCAGAGACAGGAAGAAGAGGUCCAGCAGAUCAAAGAAGCAUGAAAGAUCAGAUGUGGAUAGCAGCGAUGACAGUGACUCAGAUAGGCACAGGCACAGGAAGAGCAGGAAGGACAGGAAGAGGAGGAGGAGCCACCGCAGGAGCGACGACUCUUUGGAUGAGAAGGAUGUGUCUGGAGGUGAAGAAAGGAAGCAUCGACGUCACCGCAAGCGGAGCCAUCACCGGAGGGAUGCAUCUGACUGUGACAAUGGAGGCAGUGAUUCUGCAGAUGACAAGAAGCAAUCCAGCAGGCGGAGGAGGCACCACCGGUCAGAAAGCAGUGGGUCGGAUGAGGAUGAGCGACAUGAUCAUCGGGGAGCAAAGCGAUCUGGGGAGAAGAACAGGGACCGCAAGAGGAGCUAA